GUUGCAGAAAGUUACAAUGUACAGAACCAAAAGAGGAACUGGCUUAGAUAGUCAGAUAGCAGGUGAGGUGCUGUGAUUAGCCUGCAAUAGUUUAAGGGCAGUGUUCUGCAUAAGGUAUCUGACUAAAUGCGGUUUUGCAGAGGGUGUUUGGUUGCCACAGGUGUCUGGGUGAAUGUGGUGGCUUCCCUGAGGUACCUGUCAGACCUUGCUGUUUCAUUGUGUGCGACUGGCUUCCUUCAUGAUAUAUCAACUGACAUGUAAUAUAAAUGUGUUGAAGAAUAGCAUUACAUGUAUAUCCAAGUACCACAGCAUGAAGUGUAAUACAUAUCAUUAAGCUAUAUUCUAUUUGUUGCAGGGAUAGAUAGUUGUGAUAAGAUGAAAUGCAUUGAUGUGUACAACUAAAGACCCAACUAAACCUGCCUGUGGUAAAUAUCUAAAAUGGAUACCGAAGAUGUAUGCCCAUAGGCAUAAAUCCAGCAAGACUGAUACUCAUUAACAAGUUAAUUAGUCAGGUAACAUAUUAAGACAUUUAAGCGACGAAGAUGGAUAGUCAUUUGCUGAGACAGGCAGUGGAGUAUCACGGAGAGGGGCUGAGUCGUCAGCUAAGAGAAGAGCAGGAGGGUGGCUCAGACAGGCUGCCCCACCCUGCUCACCUGGCACAGGACUCGGGCAUGGCAGACAGAGAUUCGGAAUUCAGCCGAAGAUUGUUGAAAUUUCUGGCAAAGAAGGCUGACUUGUUGUACAAAGACAUGGGUGAGGAGGUGCCCUUGCCCACAUCUGAAGUGGAGGAGAAUGAUUACUAUGCCAUCAUGCCUCCAUUAGAAACCUUCAUGGGAAUUCCCCCUGACUGUGCCCGGUAUCAUUUGUUCAAUAGCCUGGAGAAGCGCGAUGUGGUGAUCGGGGUAGUUUCUAGUGUGCUGGACAGUGGUCUAGUGGUCACUCUCCUCUGUAUGGACAAGGGCAAGUGCAGGGACUUGGAUCAUCUCAAGAUUACUGCUUUCUGCCCUGUGAAGGAGUUACCUAAGGAUUAUGGGAAUGAAAGUCCUGUGGAUGCUUUCCAGGUCAAGGACAAGGUCAAAGCUGUGGUGAUCAGUGUCAACCCAGAGACCGAGAAGAUCAUCCUGUCGCUACUGAAGAAGUCCAUGCCCCCAGACACACCCUGCCCUAAACUGGGAGUUAUUAACGAUGAUGAGUUUCCUGUUUAUUACAGACGACAUCUUCAGAUCCGGGGCGUGACUUAUGAUGAGUUACUGCACUCCGUCAUGGGCUUUAACAAUAGCUUCUGUGUUCCGUACUUAGUGAGGGAGUUAGGGGUAGAGUCUGAUCACCAUCGUCCCCCAUCAUUGAGGAGAAGUCUGAUCAGGUUAGAAAUUCCACCGUCAGAAACUGCUGAAGGGUUAAGAAAGACACAGUCAACUAAGUGGGCAAUGAAAAGUGUUGCUGAGGGUGUGGCAUAUUUCAAAGCGGGGAAGCCGUUGGAGGCGAUGCAGCUGCUGAAUAAAGCCCUCCAGGUGGAUGUGGAUAAUGUGGAGGCCCUGGUCGCUAGAGGCGCCCUAUAUGCCAAUAAUGAAAGUUACAGUAAGGCUAUUGAUGACUUCCAGUUAGCACUUAAAACCAACCCAAGUCACAGCAAUGCCAGAAAAUACCUUCAUGAAACACUUAUCGCCAAGGGAAGAGAGUUACACGACAGCCGCAGUUACAACGAUGCUGAGAACUAUUAUCACCGAGCUCUGGAGCUGAAUAGAUCUGAUCCGGAGGUCAUACACUACCUAAGGCUGUGUCAGCGCAGAGAGCCUGUGCAGGUGUCUCGCCGCUCUGCCCACCACACCGACUCUGAUUGUGAAGAUGUCCAGUCCCGCUCCAGUAGUCAUCAGGACUUUCCCCUCAGCCAGACCAAAGAUAAGCUUCUCAGGCUCAUAAAGGAGGAGGAGAGAGGACGUGGAUCUAAGAAAGACCGACACAAGUCUGGGGACUGGCAAAGUUCUCCAGGAGGCCAUGGGCGCUCUAGAAGAAUCUCUGAGCCCAAGUAUGAGCGAAUGACAUCAGUCUCUCCCAGCGAGCGUAAGGGACAGCCUGAUACCAGCCCUUCACGGAGAUGGGACACUGGAAAUCGCAAAAAACAUUCUCAUGGAAGUAGAAGACGAUCCAGGUCUCCAAACAGCCCUGACAGUAGCAAGCUUUACGGCAACUCAUCGUCGUCAUCUUCUUCUUCUUCUUCCUCAUCAUCAACAUCAUCAUCCAGCUCAUCAUCCUCAUCUUCAUCGUCAUCUAGCAGCGGAUCAUCCUCUGAUUCAUCCACGUCUCCUAGCCCCAGGAAAGCUGCUAGACGCUCCACACGAAGUUCUCUCCAGACAAAAGAAAGCCAAAAAAGCAGUCAGGAUCGUCAUGGAAGAGUCUUAACAGAAAAGGAAGUUCGGCGGCAUUCCAGAGGUUCAAUAGAAAGGUAUGACGAUAGACGUCUCUCAGGAUCUGAAGAGAGGAAUAGACAGCUGUGGAAGUCAGAUGACGGGGAUAGAGGUGUGGAAGAGGCAAGAAGAGUCCUAGCUUCCAAACGCUGGGACGGUUAUGGACAAGACGACCGUCGAAGAUCUACCGAUCUCAGACCCAUCAAGGAAAGUUCCCGAAACCGGUCGCCUCCUCCCCAGGGUUUGGACUACCAAGACAGUGAUACCGGUGCAAGAUCUCAGAUUGCCGCUACUGCUGAGGACAACAAAAGCAAGAGUAUGAAAUUCAUGGAGUAUUUAGAAACGAAACAUAACCCACAUGCUAGGGUGUUUUCGCCAGAUUUACAAGAAAGAGCAGGAUUAACACAAAAGCGUUUAAGAGACACUCCGUCUGGGCGUAGCACACCUGGGAUUGACAGCGCGCAUGCAGGAACACCAGAGAAGAAAACGUUGCUUGGUUCUCCAAUCUGCAGAAAAACAAGAGGUUUGGUAGUACGAGGCAGUCCUGAAGAAAUGCCCACACACUUUCGAGGUGGCGAAAAGAAGAUGCAGAGGAACACAUCCCCGCGCCAUUCAGAUAAAUCUGACCUUAAUUCUGCUGGCGUAGUUGAUACUGUCCAAGCAGACCACAACUCGACUGAGCAGGUAUUGAGUAAAAACAAGCUCUAUGAUGACAUUAAAAUUCAGGUUCAUAAUGAUAAGUUUUAUGCAAAACCAAAGGAAGGUCAUUCUGGUCAGGCAAUAAGGACUGUGUCUGGAGGUCCGACAGUUAUAGCUCAGAACUACAGUCAUGUCGGAUCAGCUGAAUUAUCCCCUGAAAGGGGUUCGGACAAUAGCCACAAGGAGAAACGGGAUAGGCAUUCACUAGAGCACGAUACUAGGAGAGACGGAGAUGACAGAAGUCGUUCUCAGUCAGGGUCAGGUAGCACAGGAAGAGUCAAGGAUCCAAGAGCCCCCGAGUCGGAUCGAAGGAAUUAUCAAAUAAAUUUACCUGAUGUUGUUGAAAGCGCCAGAAAACAUAGUUCCAAGAAGAAAGAACGGAAUAGUCUAGAUAAACGAGACACAGCUGCAUCCAGGAGUCGACAAAGAUCGAUUUCCAUAGAUCGAUGUAGAUCUGCUUCCAGAAGUCUGGAUAGAAGAUCGAGUUCCAGAGAUCGACGUAAAUCGAGCUCCAGAGAUCGAUAUAGAUCGCGUCCCAGAGAUCGGCAUACAAAGGGCCGCAGAGAUCGACAAAGGUCAAGUUCCAGAGAUCGACAUAGAUCGGCUUCCAGAGCUCGGCAUAGAAGAUCGAGUUCCAGAGAUCGUUGUAAAUCGAGCCCCAGAGAUCGACAUAGAUCGAACUCCAGAGAUGGACAUAGAUCGAACUCCAAAGAUCGACAUAGAUCGAACUCCAGAGAUCGACAUAGAUCGAACUCCAAAGAUCGACAGAGAUCGAGCUCCAGAGAUCGACAUAGAUCGAGUUCCAGAGAUCGACAUAGAAGUAGCUCCAGAGAUCGGCAAAGGUCGAGUUCCAGAGAUCGACAUAGAUCGACUUCCAGAGCUCAGUAUAGAAGAUCGAGUUCCAGAGAUCGACAUAAAUCGACUUCAAGAGAUCUCCAAAGGCCAAGCUCCAGAGAUCGACAUAGAUCGAGCUCCAGAGACCGGCGUAAAUCGAGCUCCAGAGAUGGACGUAGAUCGAGUUCCAGAGAUGGGCAUAGAAAGGGCUUCAGACACCGGCAAAGGUCAAGUUCCAGAGAUCUACGUAGAUCGAGUUCCAUUCACCUACGGCGAUCUAGAUCCAGUCACCGACAGCGAUCCAGAUCCAGAGACCGGCAUAGAUCAGGCUCCCGAGAAAAACGAAGUCAACAUAGAACGUCAUCUGGCAAUCAGUCUCGUACAGGUGAUUACAGAGGAUCUUCUGUCUCUCAAAACCGGGACAGAAAACGGAGACGCCCUUCAUCUUCCAACUCGUCUUCAAGGUCGUCAAACUCUAGCUCUAGUUCGGGAUCUUCACCCUCACCCAAAAAAAGGAAGACUGAAGGCUCCAAAGUUAAGAGAAAUCCUCCGCUUUCAGAAGUGAAGAAGCCUUUUACGGAUUUGGCUCCUGCUAAAACCACAGGGUUGAUGAUGUACAUACCCAGGCAGUUGAAAGUGAAAUCUGCGGGAAAACUUACUCGCGAAGGUGCCGACAAGCGAGUGUCGGCAAUAUCUACUGCUACGGUAACAGCAGCGAAGCAACAGCCUCAGCCGGAACUGAAAGAAAUGGAGGACUUCUUAAGUCAAUUGAAAGAGAAGAAGAAACAGCAGCUCAUUGCUGAAGGUGUGUUUGAUAAAUACAAAAAGCCGACCUAGUUUAUUUACCGACAACUUAUCCUAUCACAAUGAAGGUGUAAGAAUGCUUGUUUUUGUUAGGUUUUUUUUUUUUUCUUUGGUCUGACGGUGUGUUCACCCUAUAUUUCGUCUCCUUUGUCAUUUGCCGUUGGGAAAUAAAUAACUUAAAGUAAAUCACUCAGCGAAGUGAUCAGUUUUUCCAACGACUUGUAUUUCUAGGUGUGGGCAUUUAAGCAUGCACCAGAAAGGGUGAUGUAGUGUAACGUUGUUCCUUCAUUACAUCGUCUUUCAGUUUUCUCAAGGCAUACCUUAUUCCGAAAAUACAAAGUGUGCAUACCGUACUCUGAUAGCGUUAUAAGGAAUAAAAAAAACAGGCAAUGUAAUUGAUUUUACCCUGUAGCAGAGGGUCCGAGUAACAUGUCGAAGACAUUUUAUCGCAUUCAUAAAUUCUCGUAUUAAACUUAAACUCGAAUUGAUGAUUAGAUAAUAAACUGAACCAGUGUUCCAUCCAAAGACAUCAGUCAAGGCGUACAUGAGAUUAUCGGCAGACUUUCUGUGACAUCAGUGCAAGAUUUCCGGGAUAAACGCUGUAAUACGUGUUCAUACACGCCGUUGGAUUCAUUUUCAAAUAAUAAUUUGUGUCUUUUUUCAAUGUCAUUGACAUUUAUGAUGGUUUUGUAAGUGCUUUUACGAAUCCUCGAUGCAAUGUACUUAUGAUCUGUGUCAGCUCUUCCUACCGGACUUUACCGGAAAGCAUUCGUUUGACUGUCAUAUUGACAUAUGUACACGCCAAUUGGAUUACAUAUACACUUAAAGGUUUACAAAUGUCGUUGUUCUUGCAACGUAAUACUGUAAUAACUGUAAUAGUACAACUUUCCUGUCGUUCGACGAGAAGCUGCGUCGUAUUUGAUUGGAUGGUAUUGAAGACAAGGGAUUAUGGGCGAAAGCUGUUAUUUGAGUCUCACGUCAGUGACUGCACUGUUUUGGUAUCUGGAAAGGAGCGUCCAUUAUGUUUGCGUUAGUGAACAUAUCUUGGGAAAUAAAUUUAAUGUCUUUAUACCUCAAGCAUGUUCACUAGAUUGUAUACAUGUAAGCUUGAUAGUAAUAUUAUGUCUUAAUUUCCCUGUUCUUGAUUGCAUUUAAUGUGUGUAUGGGCGCGUAAAUGAUUAAUCCUGUACAUGUACAAUAAAUGUCCUUUUUUUCACGGGGGACAGUACUUUCCGGCGUGUUAGUGAUCCAA